AUGACUUUUCUUAAAUUUAACUCAAUUCUAGGAGAACCACAAGACUUGACAAAUGCUGUAAACUACGGCGUCACAAUCUUCAACAAAUACAUUUUAAGCAAAGAUGUCGUUAAUGGUGCCCACGCCUUUACUAAACCUGUUGUUGAAAUGCAGAAGUUUAUAAAAGAAGAGGGAUUGGAUGACUUGUUAAAAAAGUCUGAAUUUCUUCCUUAUGCUGCACUUAGACGAAAGUAUGUCGAUUUGACAGACAAAAUUUGUGGGACAGAAAAGAGGGGGAAGAAAAGAGGAAGAGGAUUUGGUACUAAAGUACAUGUUGAAGCUGUAAAAGAGGAGGUUUUUGAGGAAAAUAUAUGCUUGUUUGAAACAAAUACGCUCUUGUAUAUGUCAACAAAUACGCCUCCGGCAUUGGUUGAUUUUAUUGAGGAUUUUAAAAAGAUUGGAAAUGAGCUUGUCAGAAAAAGAAAUGCAAGUGGAAGUGUGCGGUUAUUGAGAGAGAAUAAUAAGAAAUUGUUAAUGCAUCACGCUUUCUUUGAGAAAUUGCAAAGAAAAUGGGCUAGAGCUCUUUUUAAAUAUGCCAAUUCUGUUAUAAAUAAAGACCAAGUAGUUUGGCAUGUUGAAGAAGAAAAAGAAGAGGAGGAGAAGGGUCAUAAUGCUGAGGUAGAAGGAAAGUAUAUUCUUAAAUUUGACAAGAACACCAUAAAUACAAACACAUUUUGGGUUCAAAUUAAACGAGUUGAGAAUCCAGUAAAACAAAUUCAAGGAACUAAGGAUUCUGCAAUUGUUGUGGCUGUAGGUGAUGCAAAUACAAGUCCACAUUUUAAGACGCUUAGUGGAAUGAGCACAGGCAAGCUUAUUUAAAAGUGUAAUAGGAAGAUCCAUUAAGGCAGCAAUUUUAAAAAACUUAAGGAGAAAGGGUUUGAGACGUUGGACAUUUAAUAUAGCAACAAAGGGAUUAAGGUUUACAUAGCUCCAAGCAGGUCGAUCUUGCGAUCUUUUGCU